AUGCGUCUUUGUGAAGCGCCUGACGAGUUUGGCUUUAUGGUUGAUGCGAUGACUUCUCCACCUUCAGAAGGCGGUCGCCACACCGCUGUUUCAGAGCUUCUGAGUCUCGUGAGGGACUUUUGUUUAUUGAGUGCGGAACAAGAUAUCGCCUUGGCUUCCGAGAAAUCAGAGGACUGCACGGUAUCGUCAGGCUCUGAUAGCCUCAAAUCUUCUUGCGCUAGGCGUUCGGAAACCUGGUGGUACCGGGAGCUCAGACCGGUUCGAGGGGUGACACUUGAAGGUUUACCAGGGUCUGGAAAGAGACAACUAUGCCGUUCCAUAGCAGCUCACGCGGCGUGGAUACGAGGAACUACAGGCAGUUGCAAGGACCCAGGUAGAGAAUUUUCAGGAAGACGGUGCCCAGCUGUGGGGGGGACCCAGGGCCGCAUUGAAGGACUUUAUGAGAUAGACCUCCGUCGGUACCUUACGAGUUCUCCAGUACUCGCUUCGGGUGAGGCGUGGCCUUGCCGUAGACCAUCCUCCGCGUCGCUAGAGGGUGUUCUUGCUGGUAUUACUGAGGAAGCGCGCAUCCGCCGAUCCUUGUUCCAGUUGUGGCUCUCCCAGGCGGUGGAUGAAAGCAGGUCGAGUUCAUGUCUGGAUAGUAACUGCCCCGGACUUCCUCCCUGUGUGACGCCUUCUGCGGGCUCUGGUGUAGUUCCGGGUGCCGAAAGGGCCGACACACGGACGUCUGCAAUCUGUCAUGACGGCGCAGACGCUGAAGGCCCGAGCAAUGCAGCUAUUUGGGAUGCUGUAGCUGGCGGCGGUUGCUGUUUCGUUGUACUUGAUCAUGUGGAACUCCUGCAAGGCAGUCAAGCAGAGGACUCCUCCCUGGAGAGACCUGCACGACGGGGGCUUGCCUUUCAGCCAAAGGCUGCUGCGCUGGUUAUAGAAACACUGUGCCGUUUUAUUUCUCUGUGGCACAAGGAGAAUCUCCGGAUUUUUUUACUUGCUCCCCUAGACCCAGCGACGGCUGGCCAUUUGUAUGGUUCAAAGCAGUCCGCCAAGGGCACCACAGGACAUGACAGAUCGCAGUCUGCCUCACUGUCACUUCAUCAGCUCCUGCCUCGGGACCUGCUGGGUCCUGGCUUUUUUGAGCGUCGCAUAUGUCUUCCGCAGACAUUGAAUGACCGCGAAAGGACCGCAAUUCUGAAACUUCAUAUACAACAAGCGUGUGCGGCUGCUGAAUCGACAAACCGUGGACGUCAAACGGAUUGCAUGUCCUCGGAAGAGCCAAUUACUGAGGCGGAUAAUGGAAGGCCCGGGAAAGAAAAGGGCUCGACAGUGAUGGUGGAUGCAGCAGACGCAGGACGAGACGCGGAAGCGAGAUGCGACUGUUGCAACGAGAGACGCGCAUGCCUCCAUGACGAGCUGGCAACGGUAGCCACGGAGUGGACGGGGGGUUACCAGCCGGCGGACCUCGUCGCUCUUGUAGGAGCAGCGGCACAGGUGGCGUUCCAGCAGGAUGUCGGUGGGACAGUGUCUUCAAUGCUUCCAGAGCUCGCCAGCUCUACACUUCCGGCCUUCGACGUCUUACUGGGUCAGGGUCGAGGUUUGAGCCACGGCGAAGGAGGAGGCAUUUUGAAAAGGCCAUGCCGUUUGUUUACUUUGGACCACUUCCGGCUCGCGCUGCUUCGUGCUGGAGCAGCGCCAGCGGCUCGGAUUGGCGCUGGAUUGCAAUUGACCCCGCACUGCCCCGACAUGCCUACAAGUCCCGGGAGGUCUGCCCUGUCCGUUGCUGCGAAUGCUUGCGGCAUCCACCGCGUGGUGCCCCUAUCUAGUGAAAAUCCCGGCCUCGCUUUUGGGUCGGGCUCAGGUGCAUAUCAGCGUCCCCCAGACACAGCUGUUGGCGACACAUCUGAAAGCGUCGGGGGCGCCGAAGACGUCAGAUGCGUACGGAGGAUGCGGCCAGAUAUGGAGGCAGAAUGUGCCCCCGGACUGCGAGACGCCCCUGGACAGUGCACUACGUCGGAGGCAGUGGGGACGGGACCACGUGAUGCCCUGAGUCUCCCGCGCGACAAGGUGACAUGUAGAGAGGAGGGAUGCCGGCCGGUUCGAGGCUUCGCUGGAAUCGUCGGGCAGGAUGCUUUGAUCAGCCAGCUCCGCAGUGAGGUGAUUGACCCUAUCCUUCAACAGAGGGGGGCGGAUGAAAGACGAGCGCCUGUAACGACCAGUCACACUGCCCCCGUGGGAGUGUUAAUUUGUGGAGAUGAGGGUACAGGCAAGACCCUGCUGGCCGCUGCCAUAGCGCACGAGCUGCGCUCUACGCUCAUAGUGAUUUCACCGGCGGAGUUGCUCCGAGCCGCUCUUGGGGCAGGUGACAAGCAGCUCAUGCGAAUAUUCGAUACCGCCGAAAGGGCUGCCCCCUGCGUUUUGCUUAUUGAAGACAUCCACGUCCUGGCACCAAGCGGCGACUCGGGCGGCCGAACGAGUCUUCCCGACCUGUCGAAUGAAUGUCGCGAGAGGGAGUUGAGCGCCGAGAGGGACAUUGCAGCAUCCCAAAGGAGACCGCCGUCUCACCGAGGUAAUGGCCCGUGUGGCGGACGUCUGUUGCACACCAUGCUUCUUCGCCUGGACCGUCUGCAGCGGCAGCGACGAUUUGGGCGUCAGACGGCUGGCAGCGUUGCUAGAGCUUCAGGCGUCCUUGUGGUCGCGACAGCUGACAAGGAGGCUAACGUGGACACGCGUCUGCUGACACACUAUCGUCUCAGGUGUCGGUUUGCCACAAAGUCCGCAUCCGAGUGGUCCCUUACAGAUGCCGCUGAUCUGCUUCGUCUUUAUCUACGAGGGCGCGUACGACCUCAUUCGGCCACGGAGCCGGACCCGAUUGAUGAAGUGCUUCAUCGAGUGCAGCUACUGUCAUCGCGUGGCAGAACGGAGGCAAGACGAGACCAAGUUAAGGAAUCAGUAGCGAAAAAGAAAGAUGGCUUGGUUUCAGCGCCUUGUCUCCGCAUUCCAGCCUUCUGGGUGCUGCUGGUCCAAGAAGCAGCAGUGUGCGCAGUGGAAAGGUAUUCAAAGACCCAGUCACAGGGAAGCCAUGACGACGCUGGCCUGCAGCGAAUUCGAGCUGACGAAGGCAGUCGCGUCGAUGCUAAUCUGUGCACAGCGGAUACACGAAUGUUCGGCGAGCUUUCCUAUCCAGCUGCCGAUAGAGGAGGCGAGAAAAUAUGGAUUGAAACCUGCGAUCUUAUCGCAGGCCUGCAAAGGAUAUCUGUCACGCGGUAG